AAAACGACUCAAUUAUUUGCAACUAUUCAAGACGAUUUCCAACUUAUCUUGUAGUUAUAAAAUAAACUUAAUUUUGAAAUGGAAGAUUCUGGAGUGUUCAAUCUUAACAGGAAUUCAGAAACGGAUACUCCAAUAGUGACACCAGUGAAACCUAGAUUGGGUAAAUUCACCGAUGUUUACUCGCCCGAACAUCUUAAUUUAUCUCCAAAAAUAACAAAACGUUUCCAUUUCAACGGAGUAAGUAAUGAAAUCGCAGAAUUUGUUACGCCUGAGAAAUCUUCAAAAUAUGACAAUAUAUGGAGGAAGGUCAAUACUCAGCGUAAAUUACAUGAUGUUUGGAACAAUUCAUUUGAAGGCAAUCAAAGCUUUCCUCGUAUAAGGCGCAAAGUACGUCCAAUAAGGAUGGAUUCAGAGACUCCAACUAAACUUAAACAGACAACCGAUUUAGUAAGAGUUGAUGGUCCAAAUGGUCUCCGCUUCAACGCUUCCUUGGCAGUGGGUGAUGUUCCUGGGUCAUCAGCACAAUCUCAAACAGAACGCUUACAGCAAGCUAUCAACCCAAGCAAGGCUGUAUUUACUAUAGAGCCUAGUACAUUUAAGAUACUCAUCGUAAACAAUAAAGCAUGUUCCCUCCUCGGUUAUUCUUCGGGGGAGCUUUGUGGUCUGCGGUUUUCAGAUCUAAUCCAUAAUAGAAGCAGCAAGACAUUCAGUCUAAAUGAACAUGAGGAAGGUGACACUUCUGAAGAUGGAACUGUUGUCUUACUUAGCGGGAAGGUGGUAGAACUACUGACUAAAGAUGGAACAUCUGUUCAAGUGUCUCUAUGGAUAAGACAGUUAGACAAUGACGGGCCUUGCUUAGUUAUUGCAGAACCUGUCAGCUGUAAAAAUGUAGUGUUAACAGUGGAUGCGGAGACAGGUAUCAUAGUGUCUUGUGAUGGGGGCGAUGCGGCCCUGCUCUUCCAGGCAGACUCCGCAGACAAACUAGUGGGGUUGCCUGUUGCCUCGCUCAUACCCUCCAUACAUCUGCCCUCCUAUGACACGCCUAUAUCUAAGAACAUCUCCAAACAGAAGGCUACAGGCAGGACUUUAGAUGGUGGCUCCUUCCCUCUGUGUUUGUGGAUAUCUAAAACUACAAGUCUUGAAUGUUCACCGUGGACAGGGAUCAAGACCAACCGAGAGAAACCUGUGUACAUUGUAAAUGUCAGGGUAACUUUCAACGUAAGUGGUCUACUUGUGGUGGACGAAGCUGGUAUAAUAACAGCAUGUAAUCAGCACUUUGCCAUGUUGACAUUUGGCAAGUCCCAGUCUGAGGUGAUCGGUCACCACAUCACAGACGUCAUACCCAACUUCUGCCGUGAGGCUGACAUGCUCAAAGGGGGGGACAGAAAUAGGAAUAUGACUUUGUCACCUGUCAAUAAUGGUGAUGAUGCAUCAGCUUCAGAUACUGACGAGGACUCUUGUGGCGCUUUCAAUGGUAGUCAGAAAUCAGCCUGCAUGUCACUCAAUGUCCAUCAAUCCAUACAAUCCAUAUCUACCACCAGAGAGAAGUCUUCUAGUGCAUUGUGUCUCGACAAGUCGAGCAGUAUGAUCACUCAUACACCCACACCCACACAAGACAUGGUGUCCAGUAUCAGCACGACUGAACAGAGGAAUGAUAUAUCAGCAUUACCAGAUGUCACUUCAGCCAUGUCCGGAAUAUCCAUUGAUGAUGAAAACUAUUGUCACAGUAGUAUCUCCAAGUCCCGGUCAGAGAACAUUCUGCGUUCAGAACAGAGUAGCAACCAAAGUAAACAGACACCAUCUAAACCUUCAGAAAAGUCGGAGUCCAUUUACUAUACGUCACAGCAUUCUCAAGAGGUCACUCCGACAGGGAAUACUCCAAGAGUACGUUUGAAUGAUCCUUCGUUACGUCUGUCUUUUGACUCAAGUAAAUGCAAAUCUGUGAAAGUGAGCCAAGGGAAAGAAGACAAGAGCAGUAUAUCUCUAGACUUCUGUGAUUCAAAUGAGACCAGUGCUGAUUUCUUGACUCCGAUCAAUGAGAUGCCUCCCCCGGGAUGUGAGAUAGAGGAUUUACCUAAACAUAAUGGUAAUGAUAGCGUGGAUAGUUUGAGUAACGACAUCGAUUUGGAGACGCAAACUGAAUCGGCACCUAGAAAGAGAUUUGAAGAUGAAACUCCGGAGACUCCUUGCGUGGCAAAGAGACUGUUGAGGAGUCAGGUGACGACGUCAACGCCGCAGCAGACGCGGCCGCCCGCGCCCGCAGACUGCGGCGACGGCGCCUACCGCGGCCUCGUGCUGCACAAGGACGGCACUGAACUCCACGUGGUGUACACGGUGUCGACGAUGCAGCUGUGUGGAGGUAGUCGUGUGCGCUGCGUGUGGCUCGGCGUGCGGAGAGAGGACGCGCGUCACGCCACACUCGCGUCCAGCCUCGCCUCUACUGCAGAUAACUCACUAGUCAUGGGCAACAAGUCAGUGAGCAGCCGGCCUCAGUCUAUGUCGCUGAUGUCGCAGUGCGGCGAGGAGCAGCUCGCCGGAGAGUACAGCAAGCAUUACGUUACACUCAAACAGAUUGGCAAAGGAGCGUACGGUUGUGUGAAGAUGGCGUACCGGCGGUCGGACCGGCUGCUGACGGUGGCGAAGUUCAUCCUGAAGGAGAAGGUGGGCGCGCACUUCUGGGUGGAUGGACCUGAUGGCCGUAAGGUGCCGCUCGAGCUCAGCCUGCUCACCACACUCAAACAUCCCAACAUUGUGAGCGUUGUGGACGUGUUUGAGAACGACAAGUACUACCAGAUGGUGAUGGAGAAGCACGGAGCUGGGAUGGACCUGUUCGAGUUCAUAGAGCGCAGGCCGAGGCUUGAUGAACCACUCAUUAGCUAUAUAUUUAGACAGAUAGGUCAGGCGGUGGAAUAUCUACACUCGCUGAAUAUCCUGCAUCGAGACAUGAAAGACGAGAACGUCAUCAUCGACAACAAGUUCCACGUGAAGCUGAUAGACUUCGGCUCCGCGACCUUCAUGAGCCCCGACACGCUCUUCUCCACAUUCUACGGCACCACCGAGUACUGCAGCCCUGAAGUACUCACCGGCAAUAAAUAUGCUGGUCCAGAAUUAGAAAUGUGGUCAAUGGGGAUAACACUGUAUGUGCUGACAUUCUUUGUUAACCCAUUCUCCGACAUCGAGGACACCGUGCAUGGCGCUCUCGCCUUUCCACAGAUGGUGUCUGAAGACAUGGAGCACCUGCUGCGGUGGAUGCUGUGCAAGGAGCCGGCACACCGCUGCAGUGUGCCACAGCUUAUGUCACACCCAUGGAUCAAGCAGCCGGUCAACAUCAGCAACUAUAUCUUCCACGAAGUCAUUGACUGUGAUCGUCACGAAGCAAAUCCAGAAAUGUAUUACAGUGGGAGUCUUGGAUCGCCUAAAAGCAGCUCCCCAGUUUCUCUCGCUGAUCCACAGAUCAAAGAACGUUCCAACCCGUCAGAGAUAAUACGUUCUGAUGUACGCAAUGUGUCUCGUGAGGAGCGCAAGCGCAGCUCUCUGGCGCUGCACGCGAUCUCCGCCGCAGACCGAGACGCGCACUCUGACAACUACAGCCUGCGAUCCUCCGCUGAUAUAUUAGAUAUAUCAUCGAAACCGGUGUCAGAUGCGGCGUUGACGGACAUCAGUUCUGACGCGACCGGUCACGCCGCCUGCGACAUUGACUGUGACUGCGACCACUAUGACUGCGACAGCUGGGACGAGUGCGAGCAGGAUAGCUUCUCUUAAAUAUAUAACUAAUGAAAGAGAUGACAUGUUGUAUGUUGGUUUCAUA